AACGGGAACACUGGAGACCACGUCGCCGCGCACGGAAACCCUUCGUUCCUGGAGACGAACUUCUGGCUUCAAACAGACUUUACGGAUUACUCCCCGGUUGCUUUCGACCACUCAUGACCGCGAGCGGACGACCAGAAGCGGCCAUGGAUUUUCUCAAUCACAACUAUUUGAAUGCGCGCAGCCCGUACGACUAUACUUUUAAUUUCUGGAACGACUACCUCGGCCUGACGACGUUGGUCACGAAGAAUAACAAGCUCAGCAUCCCCCAGAACCCCAACUCCAUCACCGAGUCUCUCAAGGCGACCCUGGGCUUGGACGAUGCCCCGACGUGUCCGUGCGUAAUCGCGGCCGGCGUCGGGGAGGCGGGUCACCUGGACUGCUGCUGCCCGUCCGGAAGCCCCCCGCCGGCCUCCAUCCUGGACUUGAAAGAGCGUUUCUCGAUCCUGAGCCCCUUCCAGAACCAGCUCGGCGUCCACCUGCCGGAGAGGGAGGUGGGCUUCGGGGGGAGCUUCGCCGGGUUCGACCUGUUCGGGAUGGAGCGCAAGAUGCGCAAACCCGCCUCCAGGAGCAAGCAGGAGCCCAAAAUCUGCGUCUUCUGCCGAAAUAACGGCGCGCCGGAGGAGGUGUACGGCUCUCACGUCCUGAAGACCCCGGACGGGAGGGUCGUGUGCCCGAUCCUGAGGGCUUACACCUGCCCCCUGUGCAGCGCCAACGGGGACAAUGCCCACACCAUCAAAUACUGUCCGCUGUCAAAGGACCAGCCAUCCCAGAGACCGUUAAAGGGAGGGAGGGCUGUGGGUGGUAAGAGGAUGAAAAUAUUCUAAACAGACGUGACCGUAAAAGUACAAAUUUGAAUUGCACUGAACUAUUUCCAGAUGACUGUUUUUGAUUUCGGCUUUAGCCUUUUUUUUAAUUUUUUUAUCCCAGUUUCAUAAACAUAUUGAUUUUUUUUAAAUCCUUUCCCCCCCCCCCCCCUCCUCUCUCUCUCUAAGAUCUCUUAUAUUUUUAUAGUUAUUUUAUCCACAUAGAACAAUUUUAUGCUUUAUACAUCGGAUUUAUUUUUCUCGCUAUAGUUUAUAGUCAUUUGAGCGUGCGCAUAUAAACACAUGUAUCAAUAAUCACAAAGUUGUGAAAUACAUUUUGAAGAGAAGUAUUUUGGUCGUGUAGGGGGGAAACACACACACACACACACACACACACACACACACUUGACAUUGGCAAACGUGUUGAUGAAUGUCAUAUUUCUACCAAGUAUUUUUGUACGGCGAGCUAAAAGCGAUUUUUUUCUUUCUUUCUCGUCUUUAGAAAACCAAAGUUAUGUUUGCCAUUAAAGAAGCUCAAGAAUGUGUCAUUGAUGAGUGCGUGUGUGUGUGUGUGUGUGUGUGUAUGUGUGUGUGUGUGUGUGUGUGUGUGUGUGUGUGUGUGUGUGUGUGUGCGCUCGUCUGACUGGAGGAGGAAACUCUUUGGUGCCAGCUGCCUGCCUCCAAAAAAAACAACUCCACAACAUAUUUUCCAACUUGCUCUAAAAAGUUGACAUUCAAUCUGCGAGGCAGGAAGGAGGGGGGCCAGGGGGGGUGGGGUGUGGGGGGGAGACACACAAUGUGGCCUCUGUUUUAAGGCUCAUGUUCUCUGGGGGGGGGGGGCUCAUGUUCUCUGGCAACAUUAUAAUCAAUUGUUGCCAAGCCAAACUUGUUUCACUCCGAAACCCAAGUGAUGAGAACGUCAUCUGACUUUCAUAAGCAGUCAGAUAUGAGAGAUUCUUUUAUGUUUACAUUCCCAAAUAAGGGGCGACACACUGGAUUUCAUUUUUUUCUCUGUCGGCUCCUCUGUGGUUGUUUCUUCUUCUUCUUCUUCCUUUUUUUUUGUGGUUUGUUUUUGUUUUGCCCAACUUGUCCUCCCCCCCCCCCCCCCAUGCCUGCUCUCGUUAGCCUUUUUUCUUUUUUCACUCUGAAGCCUGGGGUGGGGGGGGGGGGGGGGAAACGAAGCAAAUGAAUGUUAGCAAACAACAACAAACGAUGACAACGACGACACGCUAUCCAUGUUAUUUCUUAACCUGAAGAAUCAUCACCCCCCCCCCACACACACACACCCAAAACAAAAAACAAAAAAAAUAGAUGCAAAAAUGUUGUGAAUGUAUGAUUGAAAGUGUCACUUUGCAGGACUGCACAUUUUAUGACAGUUUUGUUUACCAAAGGAAUACAAUUGCGUUGAAGAAAGAAGAGAUAUUUGCUGUAUUGUGUAUAUAAAGUGAUGUUUAUUCAGUAUUUUAACAUUACAAGUGACUUCAGAGGGCGCUACCUCAACAGGAUUUUGUACUUACGUGUAAAAUGUCAACAGCAGUUUAUUGAUAUAGUGCUGCCAUUUAUAAUAAGGGUUUUUUUGAUAGUAUUUUUGAUCUUUGUAUAACAUAAUUGUAUUUUCAUUUUGUCGCAUUUUAACAUGACGGAAGUGAAUUUCCAAGAAGCUAUAUAAGCAUUGCUCGCCAAAAAAAGGUGAUUGUCUGUAAAUAAGGAUUAUACCCGUAUACUUUUCAAAGUUUUCAGUUGCUCGAUGUUACAUUCUUGAGGAGCGAGAGAGUUGGAUAUUGAAAAAAAAAAGAAGAAAAAAAAAGGCUGAACACGAUUUGCCACUUUUAACAGAGGAUUUGUUUUUUGAUUAAAUGAAUAAUAGAAAGAAGAAGAAGAAAAAAAAAAAAAGAAAACACUGUUGAACUUUGUUAUUUAUAUUUUACCACGAUUUCCCUGUAUGCUGCUGUGCAGAAU